UGACGUCAGGAGAAGGCGUGUGGAUACGUGCGUGUGUGUGUGUGUGUGUGUGCAAAGCGCACAUCAUACACACAUCAGAUACCGCAGAUCCAUCAGCAGGCAGCCAGCAGGCAGGCAGCCAGCCGGAGAAACACCCCCCCGGAGCCCAGAGCAAGCUGCAGGCGAGACCGCUGCUCCUCGCAAGGUAGCGGAGGAGCAUUUGGCCCUGGAAGAGCACCAAUGCUUUGCAGAGCGCAGCUCCAGGGAGCCUGUCACUGCUAAGGAGGUCACAGGCAGCAGACCUGCUCACCUGGGCACCCUUUCUUCCACUGCCCACUCACCCAUCUCCAAAACGGAGGAACCUGCUGGCCCCACCAUGUCAUCGGACUCCAGCACCCCACCGACGGUGCCACCCCUCCACUCCCCCAAGUCACCAGUGUGGCCCACAUUCCCCUUCCAGCGGGAGGGAAGCCGUAUCUGGGAGCGGGGCAACCUCCUGCUGCGGGAUCUGCCCAGCCCCCUCCCCACCAAGAGGACCAGGACCUACUCAGCAACAGCACGUGCCUCCGCCGGCCCCAUCUUCAAGGGUGUCUGCAAGCAGUUCUCACGCUCCCAGGGCCAUGGGUUCAUCACCCCUGAGAACGGCACAGAGGACAUUUUUGUCCACGUUUCUGACAUUGAGGGGGAGUAUGUCCCAGUGGAGGGAGACGAGGUGACAUACAAGAUCUGCCCCAUCCCUCCCAAGAACCAGAAGUUCCAGGCAGUGGAGGUUGUCCUCACCAAUCUGGCACCCCAUACAAAGCACGAGACGUGGUCCGGCCAGAUCAUCGGCUCGUAGGCGCCCAGGGAGGCGCUGCCGGCCGCUUGGCCCCGCAGCGCAAGCCUGUCCGGCCGCUCACGGGAGGCAUGGGGGAAGCCAAGGUGGCGAUGGGUGUGGGCUGCCCCCAAACACGCAGGCAUUUGCGUUCGGUGUCUUUUAUAAGGUUAUGGUUUCCUUUCUCUGUGUGUGUUUGUAACUGUCUGUCAAGGGGGAUGGGGGAAGCAGAGCCUUCCCCUGCCACCCCCCAGCUCUGGGGGCAGCAAAACCCCAUGUCCCCUUCCUUGUUCCCAAGGCCAUGGGGAGCAGGGGAACCAGUCCUACCCCAUGACCCCCCGGCUGCCCUGCACUGAAGCAGAUGCUGAGAGCAGGAGAGGGCCAGGGGAGGCUGGACGGGCUUGGCUUGUCCUCUUGAAUCCCGCUCCAUCAAGACGGACACCCCACUUACUCCUGCUGCCCACAGCACAGCAGCAGCAGGGCAAUCCAUGGGGCUGAGGGGGAAAUGGGGCAGCAUAUCACUGUGCAGGGACUGGGUGGCUGAGACCCAUCCCCAUCACUGGCAGCUCAUGGCAUCUGCCUGAGCCAUGUCCCUCCAUCAAAAGAUCUCAGGUCAGCAGUGCCACAAGGAUUUGGGUGGCUUACAGAAAGAAAAAAAGCAGUUUUAUGGGGCAGGCAGCUGCUGGCAGGGAUGCUCAGUGUUGUGCCUCGGGUGCUGCGCCUGGGUGUGGGGCAGGGAUGCACUUCGAACCUCUGUGCUCCUCACCUCCACCAAGCCAGUAACGCACUUUUCUUGGCUUGGUGGUGACGUGGUUUUGGGGGGACGGUGGCCUUCUCCUCCCCGCUCUUGAUCCCCAGUCUCCCAGGGAACCCCAUUCCCGUGCGCAUGUGUGUAUGUGUGUGUGUGCACGUCUGUAGCUUGCUGUGGGGUGAGGUGCUGAGGGGUCUGGGUAGCCUCAGCCAUGGGGUGAGCAUGGCUGCCCCCUCCUUGGACCCUCGGUGUAGGCAGGGUCUCGUAUACAAAGCACAAACUUCGUUUUUUGUCUUCUCUGCCAUCCCCUGGCCAGUUGGGCUCCCGUGGCCCUGGAAGGGAUGGGGCCGAGGGCAGCAGGAUAGGGAUAGGGAUGGUGUACACCAGGCUGGGCCUGAGCUGAACCGCAGAGGAAUGGCACCUGUGCUGAAGCUCUGGGAAUUAUCAGCAUCUAAUGGGUUUAUUUCAAAGCAGGGUUGUGGACAGUGGGGUGCCAGCAAUCCCCCUGAGUGGAAAGCGCUGAUGGAAAGGGGCACUUUCCACCUUUCUUGCCACCACUGUUGUGGUGAGGACAGGGGUCUGCUGUAAGCAGGGACAGAAGCACGGCAAGGCUGGUGCCACAUGGACAGCUGGGGCCCUGGGCAUCUGGGAGCAUCACCACGCCCUGCCCCAGCCCAGGCUGGCAUGGGGACUGCCCUGGGACCCUGCAGCCCAUCUCACUGCCAACCCGAAGCCUGGCUCACCCAGGGGCCAUGGUGACACCGGCUCAGGCCCCAGGUAUCCCUGGGACACGCAGUCAGCUUGGCCAAGGGAAACUUUGAUUGUUUUUCUCUCUUUUUUUUUUUUUUUUUUGGAAAUAAACUAAAACCCUAGACUUGUUGGUGUUUCUACAACUCCGUUGUGGUUCCUGCCUGUCCAACCGUAUGUCAACCUUUGUAACAUUGGCAAUAAACCAUUAAAAGUGACUUUCCCACGAGCCCUGCUUGUCCUGCUCUUUGUGUGUGCAUGCAUGUGUCACAGUGGGGAUGCUGGUGGCUUUCCCAGGUAAAGCACCUGGAGUGCCCAGGGAUUUAUCCAGAUGGCAGGAUAGAGUCAACCACAUCCGUACACCAUGUCCCGAGAAGUCCUGGGGUGCUCCAGCCUCACUCAGUGGGAGCAGACCCGGAGCCUGGGAUGGAAGAUUGCUGCCCAGCAGGAGGGAAGACAGGACCAUGGCUGGUCUCCAGCUGCUGCAGCUUCCUGACAUCUGGCUGCAUUUCACUCCAGGAGAGCCUAGCACAAAGGACAUGCUGCCUCCAACCACUGCAUAUUGUAGCUUUAGCAUUAUUGAUUUUAUUUUUUUAAUAUACAUAUAUAUGUAUUUAAAUAUAUUUCCUAUUUAACAGUUGUUAUCAGCCAGACAGGAGCCACCCAUCUUGUACUGAUAUGGAGCCAUAUGGCAAGAGGGUCCCUGACGUGGGGCCUGCCACAUCUGCUCGCUCACACAUACACAGGGAGAAACACCCACUCACACCAUGGGUACCCACUGGGAAAGGAGCAUCGUGGCAAAGGGGUCUCAGGAACAGGCAUGCACCAUCCCCUCCGAGCAGGGCUCCCGCCCCAGCACUGUGCCCCAUCUCUGCUCGCAAAAACACAGGGUAGGCAGCUGGGGCUCUCAGUGGCACUGCUUGAGCAGGGGGUUAGGACCAGAUGACCUCCAGAGGUCCCUUCAACCAUUCUGUGGAUCUGAGACAUUGGAGCUGCUCCAGCUACUUCUCAUCCCUCCUCCUCAUCCCUCUGGCAGGAAGGAGUCUCAUGGUGCCCUCAACUAACCCAAACUUUGUAUAAGACAGAGACAGGAAUAAGGAAGGUUCCUGAACUUGAUCCCACCCAUGCACAUGUGAGGCUCCUGAGCAGAGAAAGUGAAGGCUGGUGCCUCAAAGGUCAUCCCUGCCUCUGCUGUGCUCAUCCUGCAACUCCCCCAACCCUGAUCAAGUGACACACUGCCACAGGGAGCAGCCUUGGACAGAGCCUGCUCUUCCCUUCAAAUAUGCAAGUCAUCUCAGCCCCCAAGGCUACCACAA